UAACUGUACCGAGGCAGUUUCGGUGGCUGGAUGGUCCAGCACUCCAGGGUGGGUGAAGACCCGGACAGUCUCCACCCUCCUCCUCCUGAGAGCCCAGCCGGGGCUGCCUUUAUCAGCAGAUUCAGCAGGUGCUGGUGUGCCGACUGAUCUGCAGUUUGAGGAUGAAGCAGCAGCAAGGCCAGGAAGAACCAGACCCUCAACGCCACAUGAAGUUGGACAGACUGUCAGGAUGUUAUGCAGCCUCUCUUCAGACCCAAAGCUGGUAUCAAAAGAGUUCCUCCAGCUGGUGUUUCAGCUAAAACAUCUGGAUCUCUCUCAACUCAGGACACUUUGGCAAGAAACUUCUUUCAAAUGUCGUAACGACUGGCGUCCUCUGCUGGACGCGCUGCCAGCAUGUGGAUCUGAUCACUGCAUCCUUCUACUGUCUGAGCUGAUGAGGAGCAAAGAGCUGGAGGAAGCACAGGCUCGGUCUUUUCUGACCACCAUCGCCCUCACUCCUCACCCGUCCCCGCCGAUCAUUGGAUCCAUCAGUGCCUUGCUGGAGGUCCCAGAGCUGCGGACCACGGCUCUGUUAGCCGGCUCGUCUCUGGCCUACCAACUGUGCCGGAAGUCUCAGAGGUCCUGCAGCGAGCAUCCUCAGAUCCAGACCUUUAUACAAGCACUGGAGGACAUCCUGAAGGGCGGCUGUGAAGGACAAGAACCGACGCGAGUGAGCGAGUUGUUUUAUGCACUGAAAUCAGUGGGAAACGCCGGUUUGUCUGCUUCAUCCUUCGCUCCUCUGCUAAGUCGAUGCAUGCUGGACCCCUCAGCAGCUCUGGAGUUGAGGCUCGCCGCCGUUCAGGCCUUCAGGCGCUUUCCCUGCUCGGCGGAUCUGUACUGCUCCUCCCAGGAGGAUUCUGAGGUCAGAAUCGCCGCAUACCAGCAGCUCAUGCGGUGCCCGGAUCGGCAGGCGUUUGAAGCGGUGAAGACGAUGCUGAAGAGCGAGACCUCCAGCCAAGUGGGCUCAUUUGUGUGGAGUCAUCUGACCAACGUUCUGCGGAGCGAGGACCCCAUGAAGCAGGCGCUAAUCGAGUCACUGCCUGAUGACAUUAUCAGCAGGGACUUCGAAGCGGAGUUUUUCAAAUUCUCGUCCUAUUCAGACUACACCGUUGCCUCUGGCAUGGGAAUAACAAAUGUGGAAACUUCCCUCAUUUUCUCCCCAAAAUCUUUUUUGCCAAGAUCUGCCUCUGCCAACGUGACCGUGUAUUUUCACGGUCGAGCCCACAACCUUUUGGAGGUGGAACUUCAUGUAGAAAAUGCUGAACAACUUCUGAAGAAACUUUUAGGCCAUGAAAUGGAGACGGAGCCCCCCGUUAGCCAUGGAAAACAGGAAGCACGGAGGGCGAGAAGAAGAGCUGAUGAUGGCGAUAAAGGAGAGAAAGAGACAUGUUUAUCUGGCACCAGCUUCCUGAACCAGGCGAAAGAAAUGGGUAACGAGGUCCAGCUGAACCACCGGGCCCUGCUGGCGACCGAGGAGCUUCUGUUGCCGUCUCUGGCUGGUGUUCCCAUCAAACUGGGCAUCAACAUCACCUCUCUCCUUUCUCUGCACCUGAAGGGCAACGUCAACUACAGGGACAUACGUCACUUCUCCCUGAACGGAUACGUUAAACCCAGCGCUCACGCCGGCCUGUCGGCCAGGUUUGGGGUCGACAGCGCUUUGGGGGCGGCCGCGGUGGAGUGGGCCGCCGAGCUCAACAGCUCCACCAGUCUGGACGGCAGCGUUCAGAUGCAGGAAGGACGGGACGUCAGGGUCACUCUGAACACCCCGGAGGACCUCAUGGACGUCAUCUCUGUCAGCUCCAGAGUCUUUCAGCUCAGUGGAGACCACAGGGAGGAGAUCAAAGGACCGAAGACCCGUGUCCAGAAGACCACCUGCACCCAGAAGGCCUGGUCUAAGAUGAUUGGCUGGCAGCUGUGCUCCAACACCUCUUACCCAUCCCAUUCAGCCGGGCUAACCCUCCCGCCGUCGGGACCGGUCUUCCUCUCUCUCCGGCUGCUGAAGCUGGACAGAGGCCUCUCUUACUACCUGCUGGAGGCGGCGUACUCUCUGCUUCAUCAGAGAAGCACCUGGCUGCCCCGCGAAGCCUCCAUCCACCUCCUGCUCGCCACUCCUCAGUCCUCCAUCCCCCGGGACAUGUCGCUGGACCUGGCCUUAAACCCCCGCAGGCUGCUGCUCAGGAUCACUCAUCCCCUGAAAACCAUUCUCAUUCAAGGUCCGCCCUAA